AUGUGGGCGAGCUCAACUAGCAACAGCGAGUGGAAUGAUCCAGAGGCAAACAAGCUGCCUGAGAAGGUGGAGCAGCUAAAGGAGAAGAACGAGCUUCCUAAGGACACGAAGAGGAAGCGGGUGGUAGUGGUUGGCCUAGGAAUGGUCGGCAUUUCAUUCAUCGAGAAGCUCAUGAAGUUCGAUGUGAAGAGAAGAGAGUACGAUGUUAUUGUGAUUGGAGAAGAGCCGCAUCUCGCAUACAACAGAGUUGGCUUGACCAGCUUCUUCCAGCACAGAGAGGUUGAGAAUCUCUAUCUCAACCCGGCAAGCUGGUAUGCAUCGAUGCCAGAGGGAAGCUUGAGCUAUCAUCUCAACACACUAGUCACAGCAAUCGACACCGAGAAGAAGAACGUUGAGACAUCCAAGGGUGACACAGUACCAUACGAUAUCCUGGUACUGGCGACCGGCUCAGAUGCUUUGCUACCCCGACACACACCUGGCCAUGACGCCAAAGGUGUCUUCGUCUACCGCACGAUCGAGGACCUUGAGAAGCUUAUUCAGUUCUCAGCAACAAAGAAGGGCACGACAGGGGCAGUGGUUGGUGGAGGUCUACUUGGCCUGGAAGCUGCCAAGGCAAUGAUGGAUUUGGAGGAGUUCAGCAAAGUCAAACUCAUCGAGCGCAAUCGAUGGGUGCUGAGUCGGCAGCUUGAUGGCGAUGCAGGCAGCAUGGUUGUGGAGCAGGUACGAGCUCUUGGCUUGGAUGUCCUUCUCAGUAAAAGAGUGGGCAAGAUCAAGGUGGACGAGGACAACUCUGUCACUGGUGUUACAUUCGAGGACGGUGAGUCCAUGGAUUGCACAUGUAUAUGCUUCGCCAUCGGCAUAAAGGCACGAGACGAGCUGGCGCGAAAGGCUGGCAUCAAAUGUGCCGAUCGAGGCGGUGGAAUCAUAGUUAACCCAGAUCUCUCCACCUCAGCAGCAGACGUCUACGCAGUUGGAGAGUGUGCUAGCUGGGACAAUCAGACCUUUGGCCUUAUCGCACCAGGUGUAGAGAUGGCAGAUGUGCUUGCGUUCAACCUCACACAAGCUAAAGCACACUCGCCAAGACAAUUCAAGUCACCAGAUCUCAGCACAAAGCUCAAGCUUCUUGGUGUAGAGGUGGCCAGUUUCGGCGACUUCUUUGCGGAUCGUGAUGGGCCCAAGGAUGCGCCAACGAAGCGACACCCCAAGAAGGAGGACAGCGCAGACAGCAAGAUGAAGGGCUUGACAGAGGGUCCACCACCUUCUCCCGUCAAGGCGCUGACGUAUAAGGAUCCUUUUCAACAAAUCUACAAGAAGUACCUUUUCACAAUGGAUGGCAAGUAUCUACUCGGCGGCAUGAUGAUUGGUGAUACCAAAGACUACGUGAAGCUGGUGCCGAUGGUCAAGAACAAGAAACAGCUCGAAGUCCCUCCGAGUGAGUUCAUUGUAGGCGCUAGCAAAGGCGAAGACGAUGGUGAUGACCUUGAGGACGACACUCAGAUCUGCUCCUGCCACAACGUGCUCAAAGGUGACGUGACCAAGGCAGUCAAGGACGGCACCUGCAAAUCAAUUGGCGACGUGAAAUCGUGCACCAAAGCUGGCACUGGCUGCGGUGGUUGUAUGCCGCUGGUCCAGACGAUCUUCAACAAGACUAUGACUUCCAUGGGCCAGGAGGUCAAGAACCAUCUAUGCCCACACUUUGAGUACUCCCGAGCCGAUCUGUUCAACAUCAUCUAUGUCAAGAAGCUACAGAAAUUCGAGGAAAUCAUGACACAGUGCGGCAAGGAUCCCGAAUCCCUUGGUUGCGAGGCGUGCAAGCCUGCUAUUGGUUCGAUCACGGCAUCACUCUACAACAAGCACAUCCUGGACGACGACAGACGAGGUCUUCAAGACACCAAUGAUCGCUUCUUGGCAAACAUUCAACGCAACGGCACUUUCUCUGUCGUACCACGUAUGGCGGGUGGUGAGGUCACGGCCGACAAGCUCAUCAUUAUCGGCACUGUGGCGAAGAAGUAUGGUCUCUACUGCAAAGUUACUGGUGGUCAGCGGAUCGAUCUCUUCGGUGCUAAGAAGCAUGAUCUCCCGGGUAUCUGGCAAAUGCUCGUCGACGGCGGUAUGGAGUCGGGACACGCCUAUGCCAAAUCCCUACGCACAGUGAAAUCAUGCGUAGGUACAUCAUGGUGCCGUUUCGGUAUCGGCGACAGUGUUGGUAUGGCUGUCAGGCUGGAAGAGCGGUACAAGAGUAUUCGUGGCCCUCAUAAAUUCAAGGGUGGUGUAUCUGGUUGUGUGCGAGAAUGUGCUGAGGCGCAGAAUAAGGACUUUGGUCUAAUUGCCACUGAGAAGGGGUUCAACAUUUUCGUUGGCGGCAAUGGUGGUGCGAAGCCUCGACACUCAGAGCUCCUGGCGAAGGACGUGCCGCCCGAUGAUGUUAUCACAAUACUCGACCGAUACCUGAGCUUCUACAUCCGGACGGCCGACAAACUGCAACGAACAGCUCGGUGGGUGGAGAAUCUGCCCGGGGGCAUCAAGUAUCUGCGGGAGGUCGUACUAGAGGAUAAGCUCGGCAUUUGCGCAGAUCUCGAACAGCAGAUGGAAGACCUCGUCGGCGCGUUCUUUUGCGAAUGGACGGAAACGCUGAAGUCACCCGAACGGCUCAAGCUCUUCUCUCAGUUCGGUAAUACAGACGAACAACAAGAAUCCAUGGACAAGGUAGAAGAUCGAGGACAGCAGAGACCAGCUUUCUGGCCCAAAGAUGCCGUGACAGAAGACUUUCGCGGUAAGCAGUGGACCUCUCUCAGCUGGCAGCCACUGGCAAGAUCGGAUCAAUUCGCAGACACAGCUACGGGCACCAGCUUGGCCGUGAAGCGUGGAGAUACCCAACUGGCCAUCUUCAAGGUCAAGGGUAAGUACUACGCCAGUCAGCAGAUGUGUCCUCACAAGCGUGCCUUCGUACUCAGCGAUGGCUUGAUCGGCGACGAUAAUAAGACCGAUAAACUCUGGGUCAGCUGUCCCUACCACAAGCGUAACUACGAGCUCAAGGGUGAUUCGGCGGGCAAAUGUGGCAAUGAUGAAAGCGUCAGCAUCGCCACUUUCCCCGUCGAAGCUCGAGAAGAUGGGCUCGUGUAUCUGAAGCUCCCGCCUGUCGAGGAGCUUGACGGUGUAUUGGGGACCUCGAAGUGGAAGAUUAAGAAGGAGGAGACCGAGACGGAUGAGUUCGCUGCUGUCGAUAAGAAGCUCAAGGCCAUGAAGGGACGGAAGAGUUUCCAGGCUAGCCAUCUGCCAAACGGGCUUGGUGAGAAGGCAAAGGCGGAAAUGAUAUUGAGUGGUGGCGAAAAGGGCGCAAAUGGUAUGGAUUGGUAG